AUGGCUUCUAAGUCAAUAAUUUGUACUUUUUAAGAUGGAAAGUAAUAUUAUUUAUAGUGCGAUGUCUUACAAGUAAAAAAUGUAUUGCAUAGACAAAUAAACAGCAAAAUACCUUUUGAUAAUAUCAUUCUUAUUGAUGAUUACGAUAAAGUAUAUAGUGCAUCGACUGCUUUAUAUUAAACAAAAAAUAAUUAAAUGUAGGGCUAAAUUUCCUACAAGGUCUUAGAUGCUCAAUAUCUUUAUAGGGAGUAUAAAGAAUUGAUAAAGAUUAAUGAAACAAAUUAUGAAGAAUUAUUAGAGACUUAAUAGAAAUUAUAAAAACUAGUGGAAGAAAUGAAAGAAAAAGAAAAGUCGCAUAAAAUAGAAAUAUAAUAAUUAUGUGAAACAAAUAAAAGUUAAAGUGCUGAUAUUCUAAGAACAAAACAAGCAGAAAUUGAAAAGAUGAAAGCUGAAAAAGAUUAAGAAAUAUAAGAAAUUUAAGAUAAACAUAAUAGGCUUGAAUUGUAAUUAAAUCAGAUAACUAAUAAAUGUAAUGCUCAAGAUGAGAACAUUAGAUAAUUAUAGGAUGAUAUUUAAACAUAAAUGACAAACAAUGAUAAAUUAUAAAAAAAGAAUGAAGAUUUAAAUAAUGAAAUAAAUAAAAUAAAUUAAGACAAAACUAAUUUAGAUUAACAAUGGCAAACUUGGUAUGGUUAAUUAAAUGCUUAAAUGGAAUAAAAGAUAUAGUAGAUAUAUUAGUAUUAAUUGGCCAUUUAAUAAACAAAUAAUGAUUAUGGUAUGAAUANUUAAUAACUCAUUUUUUUAGGUUUCUGAAA